AUGAUUAGUUGUGAUAGUAUGCAAAGUGCACCCAAUGGUUGCAUUCAGUACUUCACACAUACCACUGGGAUGAGUCGAUACAUGUCUGACACGAGUUAUACGGUUUGCGUUCGGGUCGAAGAAAAUUAUUGUUGGAUUCAAUGGCAGCCAGAAUAUGAGGACACCUUUUCGUGGGGAACACCACUCAUACCAUCGGAUGAGACUACCGGUCCAUUGGGCGGUAUCUGCGACGCCGACGACUUUGUGGCCAUUAGUGAUGCCAACACUAAACCAUUUGUGCUGAGAGUCCGAUCCAAUGGAAAUCAUGCGCUAAACACACAGAACUCGCAAAAAGCUAUGAGUGACACGAAACUCAUGGUCACCACCACUGGUGACACCGAUGUGUUGGUGACCGACAAAUGCGAUGAUAAUAGCGAUCAUAACGAAGACAUGGAUGACGAGGAAGAGGAGGACUAUGAGACCGUCAGUGACAGCGCCUUUUGGCACAUUGAGGUGACUCUGGACAACGUGUUCAGCACCGGUAUGUUAGUGGAGAUCGAGCACUCGCCACAGAAGUACUGGUUGGCCACAGUUGUCGGCGCCUUCGGACAGCUCCUGUCCCUCAAAUGGGAGGGCGCGGAGGCGGAGCCAGACUUCUGGUUCGACCUCAAGAACCGUAAGAUAUUUCCGGUCGGCUAUUAUCGAGACAAACGCGACUUCAAGAUCGAGCCGCCGCUGAACCUGAAGCUCGAGACCAAGAAUAUAGUGGACGUAACCGUCAAAUACUUCUCGAAGAAUCAGACAUCAGUAGCCAAUUGUGUCAAAUUGAAUCUUUUCACCAAAUAUGGGUUCACCAACUUAUCCGACAUAUUCAUCGCCGACACGGCGGUCGUGGAGGUGUCCCACGAGUUCGAGCCUCACAAGUAUUGGUUCGCACGGGUUGUCCACAAUUAUGGCGGACGUCUGGCUCUCCAAUGGAUCGAAGCACUCGAUCCGCAAGAGGAGGCCAAAGACGACAAUAAAGAUUAUUUUUACCUGUAUUUCUGUAAUCCACGGAUCAGUUACUUGGGUUACGCCAACUCGAGAGCUGCAGACGACUUCUUCUACUCGACGCCUAAACAGUCCAUUAAUAACAGCGAAGAGAUAAUUGACAAGUAUUUGGCUGAAAGCACGUCAGAACUGAACGAAUUCAUCAAAACGGUUAUACUUAACGCCAAAGAACUUCAGCCAAAACUGUAUAAAACUGGUUGUUUGGAACAAAUGCGAGUCAAAGACAAAGUAUUGAUAUUUCCCAAUAAGCUGUUAAAGUUGUGUCCGGCGAGUGUGGAGAGUGUGGCAAUGGAUGGCAAGCAUGUGGUCAUCAAAUGCGAUUCGGACGACACGAUUCGCUUCUGUUAUCCCAAUCACGACAACCAGUGUUUUCUGCCACUCGGUUGGGCCGAAGAGCAUCAGAUCAGCGCCGAGUUCGGUGACGGCGGACCCGCUAAGUACGUGAGCAGACAUGGCUCCAGAGGUGCGCCCAUUGCCAUACAGAAGGACUCACGCAUUGAUGAGUUUGAGAUUAAUACUAAACUCGAAGUCAUUCAUCCCAAGGAUAAGAAUAAAAUAUGUGAAGGGAUUAUAAUUAGAGUGACUCCACCACUCAUUUGGAUUGAGAUCGCUUCGGACACCAUUACUGUACUGCCCUAUACUUCGACAGACAUCUACCCUCUCGGGUGGUGUCAUAACAAUGGCUUAGAAGCGGUUAAACUGUUGACUAAUAAUAAAAAAUCUUCGAAACCUACUAAAGAGGUUAAAGAAUCAAAACCCGAGACUAAGGCCGAGACGGAAGUGGACGACGACCCCAACCUUCCCUCCUCUCCUUCAAUGCCGUCAUCGCAGUCUCAGUGCAGUUCCAAGUCGUGGUGUCCGCGUAUAUUCAUAAACCACAAGUGUUUCACUGGUCCGGCGCUCUCGAAGUCAAAGAUCUGCGAACUGCCCCAAUAUGUGGGUCCGGGACCUAUCACUCUAGUGUUGCAAGAAGUCAUCUCAAAGAUAAUACAAGUGGCAUACGUUCCCAACCGAGUGCUCAAUGAAUUAAGUUCUCUUGGCUUUGAGGAACUCCUCAAAAAGAAAGACAUUAAGAAAACGGACGAAAUUAUGUUUAAAGCCAAAUACCAGAAGCGCACAUAUCGUGACGACGUCUUAGUGGCCAGAAAUGCGGAUCAAGUGGAAGAAUAUUGUCGCUGCGUUUGCGGUCAUCUCAAGUGUUGUUAUAAUCUG